CUGAACAGAUACAGGUUAGUUCACAUACAUUUUAGAGCUCAUCAAAGUUCUAUUUUUCAGGAAAGAGAGCAAGAUGGCAGAUAAAUCAGCAUUUGUGCCAGUUGACGCAAUUGGAAAUCAUAAAAACACGGAUCUUGACGUCGACAUUGAUGAUGAAUUAUUUGGCAAAAAGCCACCGGCAAAAUCAGCAUCUGCUUCUGCUCCAGCACCUCCACCACCGCCACCUCCAGCUGCGCCGAAACCUGCUGCGUCUCCAGCUGCGGCUGCGCCCAAAUUCCAAUAUAAAAAAUCGUCGACAUAUUCGAAGAGUUAUGCUAAAUAA